AUGUCAAAGCGACGGCCCGACACUUAUCUCACCAGUGAAGGAGAAUUCCAGCAUCCGGACGAGGAGGACGACGACCGUCAUGGACCGCCUGACCCUGCGAAGAUUGCUAGUCCGCAGGUGCUCGCGGGUAGAAAAAUAGCAAUGCCCCGAUCUCGCAAGGCUGCUGCUUCCUCCGCCGGCAGCCCAUUCGCUCGACCUCCUCCUCCUCCAUCCAACCCUUUCUCCAGCGUCGACUCACCGAUCCGUGCAUCUGCUCCUGCACCUGCGCCUGCUGCAGCUGACGCCUCCAAACCAUUCAGCUUCCUGGCAUCGCCUGCAAAGCCCGCGUUCUCGUUCGGAAACAACGACGCGAAACCUGCCACUCCCGCUCCCGCUCCUGCCUUCUCCUUCAACGGAUCGGCCGCGACUCCAACCCCUGCUCCUGCAGCUCCCGCAGCUCCCGCAGCUACCCCCGCCGCGAAAGAAAAGAGCGCAAAAGAAAAGCCCGCAGACGGCCCGUUCAAGUCGACCGAAUACGUCAAGUUCCUCAAGAUCCGCGCGCUCAACGAAUCCUUCAAGACCUCGGUCGUCUCCGCGAUCGAGAAAGACCCGCUCGCAGAUCUGACAAAGACCGUCUCGUCUUACAGCACAUACUUUACCCGCAUCCUCAAGGAAACCGAAGAGGCGGCAAAGCAGGAGGAAGAGUUUGCAAAGCUUAAAGACGAGGAGCCGGCGAAGGAGGAGGCGAAGGCUCCUGCUAAUGGUGGGUUUGCUUGGGGGAAUGCUGCGCCGUCGGGUCCGAUCUCGUUUGGUGCUCCUUCGACUACGCCUGCUCCUGCUGCUGAGAUUAAGGCUGCUGAGAACAAGCCUGCCUUUUCCUUUGGCAGCAGCGCUGCAGAGACUAGCAAGCCUGCUGCUCCUCCUGCGUUUAACUUUGGCGUCCCGAGCAAAUCAGAGACUGCAGACAAGGCUGAAGAGAAGAACAAGACUGAAGAUAAAAAGGCUGAAGCUCCUAAAUUCUCGUUUGGUUCUCCAGCAAAGAGCCCCGCAAAGACCUCUGAACCGCCAAAGUUCUCGUUUGGAUCGUCGGCUGCUCCGGCGCCGUUCUCGUUUGGUACUCCUGCCGCUGCCGAGAAGAAGGAGGAAGAGAAGAAGGAAGAGACAGCAGCAGAAGAAAACAACAGCACGCCCAUAUUCAAAUUCGACAGCAGCAAACCAGCAUCGACUAUCGCGCCAUCCCCAUUCAAAGCCUCGUUCGGCACUCCUAGCAACAGCAGCAGCAAGGAGAAGACGCCGCCUCCGAAGGAUUCAGAGCCGGCUGUGAGCGGGUCUCCGCUCAAGAUCUCGAGUCUGGGCGCUGCGUCGGCGUCGAAUGGAUCGAGCACGUUCUCGUUGGGUUCGGGAAGUGCGUUUGGUGGGAAUGCUAGUUCGUCGCCGUUCAAGUUUAACGUUCCGGCUGCGUCUACGCCUGCGCCUGCAGAAGCUGGUGAGAAGAAGGCAGAGGAGGAGAAGAAAGAGGAGGUGUCGACGCCGGCCAAACCCCCCGUCUUUUCGUUCAUGCAGUCCAAGCCCGAAGGCACAGGUAGCAGCACACCAGUGUUUUCAGCUACGACGCCUAGCGCGUUUGCAAACAACACCUGGUCGCCAGAGAAAGGCAUCAAGUUCGGCACCCCUUCUGCAUCAGUUUCAUCGUCUUCUGACGGCCCCGAGAAAAGCUCACCGACCAAGCCGGCGCAGUCGAGCACGCCUACCUUUGGUGGUUUUGGCGGGUUCGGCAGCGCGGCGGCAGGAAGCGCGGCGCCGGCGCCGAAUCUUGGGUUUUCGUUGUUUUCGUCAAAUAAUGGUAAGAACACUAAUAACGGCAGCAGCAACGGUGAGAAGGCGAGUUCGGGUGCUGCGCCGGCGUUCUCGUUUACGUCUAGUGCACCUGCUGCUCCUGCGUUUUCGUUUGGUGGAGCGCCUGCCGCGCCUGCCAAGGCCGCGGAGGCGAGUGCAGAGGGCGGGGAUGAGGAUGCAGCGGCUGCGGAGCCGCAGGUUGAUUUGUCGCAGGAGAAAGGGGCGGGGGAGGAAGAAGAAGACAUUGCGAUGAGCGGGCGGACAAAAGUGUUUGAGUACAAGAAAGCCGCGGACAUCAAGGCCGAGAACGGCAACAAGGCCGAGGCGAAGGAUGGAUACGUCGCGAUCGGGCUGGGGACGUACAAAUUGCUUCAGCACCAGACGACGAAGAAGUCGCGGAUCAUAGUACGCGCUGAAGGCAGCGGGCGGGUUAUUCUGAACGUGCUGCUGCGGAAGGGGGUGGAUUACACGACGACGGGGAAUAACGUGCGGAUUGUGGAUUUCCUGCCGGAUAAUAAGGGGGUGUCGUAUCUAUUGCGGUUGAAGGAGGCGAGUAGUGCGGAGAAGUUGAAGGAUUUGCUGAAUGAGAAGAAGGUUGAGGGGACGUAA